GUCAAGUCUAAGUUGUCUAUACAUGGAUCUCUAGAAUAUGGACCUGGACGUUUAGUCCACACCUACAUAGUGAGAAGAUCUACAACUGCAAGCAUGUUUUAGGUCAGAGAAAUACUUGCAGACGUUUUCUGUGGAUGCCAAAACAAAUUGAAAAGUUUCGACAAAAUGGAUUUUAACCAAUUUAUUGUGGUUGUGUUCAUGGUCACCGUGACCCCCGCACUCACCCAGCAGCUGUGCCGGCAAUCCGCUGACGUCAUAUUCGUCAUAGACGUGUCCUACUCCAUCACCCACCCCCGCUUCUACGGCUACGUCCUCCCCUUCAUCCAGAACGUCAUCUCCGACUUCGACAUCGGGCCCGCCGACAACCAGAUGCAGGUCGGUGCUGUGCUCUUCAGCGACAAAGUCCGUCUGGCAUUUCACCUGAACGACUUCCGGAACCGUCCUUCCCUCCUGCAGGCGGUCUCCGAGAUCUACUACUACGGCGGGGAGACCUUCACGCAUGAAGCGCUGGCCUACGUCAACAGCAAUAUGUUCACUUGGGAGAAUGGCGGGAGACCCAACGCGGGGAAAAUCGUCAUCCUUGUGACCGACGGACGGUCUUACAGCAGCAGUAAGACACUGGCGGAGGCGGAGACUAUCCGGAGUAACGGUGGGAUCAUCUUUGCCGUGGGGGUCGGGAUGGCAGACGAGAAGGAACUGAGGGGGAUCGCCAAUUUCCCGCCCGAACAAUACGUGUAUUACGUCAGUGAGUUUCAGUCGCUCAACAGCAUCAAGGAUGCUUUGUCAGGAAACACAUGCAUGGCAGCUCCUAUGUACAAAGAUUUCGAGAGCACUUCCCUCCUCUGGUACAACCAGCCGCCAGAGACGUUCAUGACGCCUGCACCAUUUACUGACAACCCCUUCAACCAACCACCCGUGUUUAAUGACAACCUUUUCGAGCAACCACCAGUCUACACUGACAACCCCUUUAACCAACCCCCCGUUUUGGACACUACCGGAACCAGAAGUGUCUGUAGACCGCAGGCAGCUGACGUUAUUUUCGUCAUAGACGAAUCCGAUUCUAUCGGCAUCGACACGUUCCAUCGCGAGGUACUCCCGUUCAUAGAGAACAUCGUGUCGGAAUUUGACGUCGGGCCUCUAGAAAACCAGGUCCACGUCGGCGUCGUUCUGUUUGGGGGCUGGGCCAGGGUGGGACUCAACCUUAACGCCCACCUCAACAAAACGACGCUGCUAGCUGCCAUAUCACAGCUGACCUACCAAGGCGGGACAACCAAUAUCCACAGAGCGCUCAAAGUCGUCAGAGAAAACAUGCUGACCGUGUUCAACGGAGCCAGACCCGGGGUGCCCACGUUUAUCGUGAUCCUGACAGACGGCAGAACUGUUGAAAGCAGACGUGCGGUAGAGGAGGCCGACACCCUGCGUCAGAGAGGUGCUAGAGUCAUGUCUGUAGGAGUCGCGGAGGCUGACUCCGAUCAGCUGGGGAGGAUCUCGGACAAACCCAAGAGCGAGAAUGUCUUCUACGUCUCGGGGUUCGACGCCCUGAGCGGUUUAAAAUCAGAAAUCACGUCAAGAAUCGUUGUAUGUGUGCAGGUCUUUGAGAGCUUUACCCCAUCAUAGUGGCAAUUUUGUGGACAAUGGGAGCUUAAGCUUUUUCUGGAGUUUCGGAGUUUAGCCAUGUAGUGCUAUCAGACGGGAUGCAGCAUCUUAGAUUUAUGUGUGUGUUUACCAGAUUACAAGUUUGCGCGUAGGCUCCAUCUAGUUUUGGUCUUACUUUUAGAUGGCUCGGAACUUCAAACAAAGAAACAAAGAAGUAUAACGGGUUUUAUUCACUUCAUUUAAAUAUAUGUAGCAACCGAAUUUAUUUGAUUUUUGUUAAUUAUGAAGUCGCGUUUCAAUGUAAAUUUUCAUAUGAACUAGUAAGUAAAAUUAAACAUUGAUAAUACGAUUACAAUCUUAUUUUAACUUCUUAAAGAGCAAGUAAAAUGUUUAAAUCCUGAUAAAUAUAAUGUUUACAGCUCAACGUAGACUGUCAAAAACUUUAGUCGCAAAAUAGUAUUUGUAUUUCUCAAGGUUUAAAAAAAAAUAAACUUCGUUUUUUAAAGUUUCCGAUAUUUUUACUUAU